GUUUAUCAGUUCCAAGAAGUAGGGGAGUAGAAGAAAACAAGUUUCGCAGUUUCGACGAUCUGAGUGACACUCAUCCCCAGUUCCCCACACUUGCUUCUUAUUACUAUCUCACACAUGUUCCUUUUUUUUGUUAACACUACACAUGUUUCUUAUUCAAAGAUAAUGAGAUUUGUAUUUAUAACUAACUCAUAAUAACACAAACUGUCCGAUUUGCCCGAAUAAAUGCAAAUUUCUCUAAAUUAUUUAACUCUUAGCAUCAACUAUGCAUAAGACUGCUUUGCUAAUUGCAUGGUCGUCCAAACCCCAAAGUAAACAAAAGGAAAACUAAAAAGCCUUAAAGUUCAUAGUUUUUUUUUUUUUUAAAUUAAAGUUCAUAGUUUUUAACUGAGAUAUAAAUUUAAAGAUUUUGUUAAUGUAUUAAUAAAUCAGUACAUUUUAUACACACUGCCAUAAAAGUCAAAUAUAGAACGGAUCUUUUUUAUCAUCAAAUGUAGCAAAAUCUAGGGAGUCUUUCAAGAAAACUGUUAAAGAAAAUCGAUGUUUUUAAUUGUCAACAAUGAAAAUAGAUGACUUAUAUAAAGUAAAAAAAAAAGGAAUAGAUGAUUUAAUAAGUAGUGGUAGAAAAAUAAGUACUUCGAGCCGAAGCACAUAACGAAUGGUUAAGCCAUAUGUGUUCCUAGUCGUUUGCCAGGGCAUCCUCUAUUUCAACACGUGACAUACAGGCAUGUACGUUUACGUACGUAUAGAGUUAUGCUUUGUCCUUGUUUUCUGUUUAUUUUAUCAAAACUGUUAAACCUAUCCAAAAACAGUGGUCUGGGAGUCGUUUUCGUGUAACAAAGAGACAUUAAAAAAAACAAAAAGAGAUUCCUUAGUAUACAUAAAUACACACGUAGACACUCAUGCACAUGCCACGAAAGAAUACGUAUACUCUUGACGUGUCCAUGAAUAUAUAUAAACGUACUCUUCAAUUUUCAUUUCAGUCUUUAUAUAUACUAGUUAGUAAUUUAGAUUGUAAAUAAAAACAUCCAUCUCUCAAAGAACACACCAUGGAAGAAGAGCAACCUCCGGCCAAGAAACGUAACAUGGGAAGAUCAAGAAAAGGUUGUAUGAAAGGUAAAGGUGGUCCAGAGAACGCUACUUGUACUUUCCGUGGAGUUAGGCAACGCACUUGGGGUAAAUGGGUCGCUGAGAUCCGUGAGCCUAACCAUGGCACUCGCCUCUGGCUCGGCACUUUCAAUACCUCGGUCGAAGCCGCCAUGGCUUACGAUGAAGCCGCUAAGAAGCUUUACGGACACGAGGCUAAACUCAACUUGUUGCACCCACAACAACAACAAAAGGAAAAAGUUAACAGGAACUUGUCUUUCUCGUUAACAGGAACUUCUUGGGAUUAUAAGCUAGAGAAGGUUCAUGGGUUGGACCUUGGUCUCGUCCCGUCAAGUGGGUCACGCGGUUCGUGGUCGGGGAGUUUUAGUUUUAUACAAGAAGAUGACAAAACUACAAGUGAGUCGAGUGUUUCUUGGUUAUUACCAAAACGAAGUGAUUCACAAGAUCAAGAAAGCGUUCAUGCUGCGAGUAGCUUGACGUUUUCGACGAAGUUGAAACCGAUGAUGACUCCUGAUUAUGGAUUAUCAAAUGGAGUUGGUUCUAGGUUUCUUGUAGAGCAAGAAAAGAAGACGGUAUAUGAUGUAUCAUCAUCGUGUGGCUCGUCAGAUAAUAAGGAGAGUAUCUUGGUUCCUAGUGUCGGCGUCGGGGAAGUGAUGCAUAGGACGGAGGUGGAGGAAGGGACAGGGUAUUUGGAGAUGGACGACCUUUUGGAGAUUGAUGAUUUGGGUUUGUUGAUAGGUAAAAAUGGAGACUUCAAGAAUUGGUGUUGUGAUGAGUUUCAACAUCCAUGGAAUUGGUUCUUAGAGUGAGUUUUAUUUAUAUUAUUAUCAUUUAUUGUUUAUCAUAAAUCUCUCCUUAGUUCGAUAUAUAAGAUUAAUUAAUUUGUUAUUCAUACAUAGUAAUCGUCAUGUGUGUAUAAAUAGGUUUGAGCAUGUUUUGAGUUUCCCUAUGCGAUAUGUAAAAUAUAGAUUUUAUACGAACGUUCUCUAUUAUAAA